GGUAUUUCUGCUGAAUCCAUUUAUUGAUUCCAUACGAUCUCUUACUUGCAAAUCUACAGCUUGAGCGCGAGACGAAGCUAGACGCACCUGGCUAUCUUCUGCAAUGCUUUCAGCGCAUUUAUCUUAGCAUAUAUCCAAUAAAGGCUGCUGUUGAGGCAUACCACACCUUCAUUCUAGCGAAAGGGACCUCACAACCCUCAGAAUGGCCGACAGCUCGGCGCCCAGCUCCUUCACAAUUCUAGCAACGGGGCAACUCGAGUGCGCUGAGAUCCCCGAGUGCACCAACGCGUACCUGAAGUUCCAAUUUGUUGCCGGCGAGGACUGGCAAUUACUGGAUGGGCUAGAGGAGGGCAUCACGCAGGCCGCACGUGUGCCAGAAGGUCGCGACGGCGUACUGGUCUGGAACUUCCCCAUCGACAUCACAUACAAGACCACGAACGCGUUCGGGUGGCCGCAGCUGGUGGUGGCGGUGUAUGGCCUGGACUCGUUCGGGCGUGACGUCAUCAAGGGCUACGGAUGCAUACACCUACCCAUGGCGGCCGGCCGGUACACGCUCAAGCUGCGGCUGUUCCGGCCGCGCUCGGCGUCACUUCUGCAGUCGUUCACGUCGUGGCUCACGGGCAUGCCCGCCGAGUUCUCCGACCCCAAGUUCCCCAGCUACGGCGAGGGCCGGGAAGUCACGCGUGUGCAGUCAGGUGGCCACGUCAAGGUGCAACUCAACCUCAUGACCAAGGACAUGGACAUGUUCGGCUACGUGGACGGCAGCGGGAGAGACCCCGCCGUGAGCGCCAUCACGCAAAUGUGAGGCGGUGUCUGGUGAGCGGCGCGCGGCGCGCUGAUAAGGCGUCGUGACCCCGCGUAUGGUUGUGCCUGUGGCCCUGAGGAGUGAGCUGCCCGGUCGUGAGAUGGCAGCCAGCGGUAGCACAGGGGUGCAAGCAGGAGUGCUUGUGGCCGGCCUGGCUGUAGCGUGCGUGACAGUGCCAGCAGCACCGUUCACUGUGAUUAUGUGCACUCCUUGGACGCGAGUGAUACACAUGUAUACUGCUUACGUGACUACACAUCACUCGGCUUGACCAAAUGUCAAUAGCCGUUCAUGGUGAUCACACGGUUUGGUGGCCCGCGAUGAAACACAAUGCGUAGCCCGUAGGAUGGGGCAUGCGCCCGGCAUUGUGGCAACUGCUGUGUUCGUGGUGCUCAGGGCUGUGGUCCCCACGCUGGUGCGUGCUCCUGCUAGGGACCUAGGAGUGCCGGCCUUAAGAUGUCAGGGCUGUUUACCAACUGUUCUCAACUUGCAGUGCAUGUAACUAUCCUCUGCA